GACCUUUUCACUUUGCUCUCUUUCGCAAUCAUAGAUCCUUUUUCGGAUGCUAAUAAGGGACUGCGCGAAACAUCAUUACAAGAUACGCCUAUUCACAUCCGCAUACAACAGCGAAAUGGAAGAAAGACUUUAACUACAGUGCAGGGAAUUCAUGAUGGCUAUGACAAGAAAAAGCUUGUGAAAGCUUUCAAAAAGGUUGGUAUUCCAACCGUAAAUCUGUGCUUUACAUCUUGUAAAAUAGCGCUCAUCUUCUUUAUAAUUUGAGUUUAGAGAAACUCAAACUUUGUCCAAUUUUAAAAUCCAUUAGACUAAAACAUGCGCAAUGUUAUGCUUAAAUUUAGCUUCGAAAUUUUUUUUAAUCUGUAACGGGUGAUGCAAUAAAUAGACCUUUUUUACCCAAAUGGCAGCCAUAUUGAAUUAAUUAGAUUUAAGGAGUAUCAUGGGAUGUCCAGGGGGCAUGUAGACCAUUUUCACAUGACAUCACGGAGGCUGUAUUGGUGUUGUAAAACAAUGGAAGGGCAGCCAUGUUGGUGUCCCAAACUAAUCCUCUGGGAGUUGAACUCUUUUCUUGUGUAAAUGCUUUGUUUUGUUCCAAUAAAUUUGCAUAGAUACUGACCACGUGCAUGAAGAUGCUAUGCCUGUUACCUUACCUUACCUUAGACGCUCUAUACUUGCUCGGUAUUUAUGUGCACUUUCCUAGGCAAUUUUUCUUAAAGUUUUUGUGGAAUAAGAUUUGGGGAAAAUAGAUUGUUGUGCCAUGUUUGCAUGUAAUAAUGACUGCCGUUUUCGAGAAAUACCGGUAUAUUCGGAGGAAAACCACAAAUACACUUCUGGUUUUGCAAGGACCCAAGACACUUGGCUACUUGAGCGAGACUACUGAAAUGGAAGCGGAUGUAAGGUGAACAAAAAUACUACUGAAGCUUGCUCUAAUUAUUUCAAAUUUGGAAGGCCAGUUGUACAAUCUUAUUAUACAAAACCAUUAAGAAACAUUGCCCUGAAAAGUGCGCAUAAAUACUGAGUAAGUAUAUAGCGUCGUGCUCAUGCCCCCUGGGCAUACCAUAAUACUCUUUAAAUCUAAUUAAUUCAAUAUGGCCACUGCAUUGGUAAAAAGGUCUAUUUUAUCUGGAUUACACAAAUUCAGCUAUCAGGCCUUGCCCUGGUUGUUUAAGCAUUGGAUAGCACUAUCCACUGGAUUGAAAAAAACAACUGCUCGAACAAGUGAAUUUUUUAUAACAGAUAUUGUUCAUCGUCUCUCUGAAAGGAUGGUCCAUGUCAUUCGACAGAAAAUAACUGAGGUCUCUUGAAGGGAUGCCAUAAUACCGACGACUAAGUUGUUUGAACAGCCUAAUGUCUUUAAUGAAUGGGUGACCAAGUCUUUUGAACAGUUUGAUGUGUCUGACAAAUGGGUGACAAAGCUGUUGAAUGGGUUGAUGUUUCCAACAAACGGGUGACCAAGCCCUUAGUGUGCGUUUUCCUGUGGAGGGUCACAUGUUACAUUGUGAUCUUUUAAGCUCUAUCCUAAAGUAUGAAGUUUCUACCUGGCUUAAAAAUAAAGUUCACCAGUGGCUCCUACCGUUGACGUCUAAGUGCAUUUCAGUAUUCCUUCUAGAAUGCAGUGACUUUUGGGGCAGCGAAAUUUUAGGGGGAAGGGGCGAGUCUAAGGGAAAAAGUAAAAUAUGUCGACGGCCCCUCACAUGGGUUUGGACAACUUUUUGGACAGUCAAAAACUUGCACAGAUCCGCCAUUCAUAUUUACAUCAUGGGACCUGCAUGAAAACAAAGAUUCUUCCACACCAUUGUUAAUAUGCGCUUUUCAUAAGCCCUUAAAUGUCAAUGUUUCCAAACAUGAACCCUUUCUUUAUCGAACACAGAAUAUGAUGAAUGUUUUGGUGAGAAGCUUAUUGCAGAAACUACUGCACAGGUGUCAUAUUACAUUCUUUCACAGCAUAUGAUCGUUUGUACUUGUGACAUUGAGACAAUACUGAUUAGUUUCUAUAAACAUAAGCAAACGGAAGUGGCUGCUUGUUUUAGCAGGGGGAGGAAUGCGUGACUAAGCCCUAAAAAUGUCCGUGGGGAGGCUAGGGGUUUGCAGGUCUGAACUUGCCUAUUUGAUCAUGUUUGAUUAUUACUUCCCCAUUCACAGCACAUGAAGCUAACAACUUAAAUUUGUAGCUAGUGAACAGUCGUCUGUUUUUAUACUCUCACUGUUGCAUGAUCAAAAAUAAAAAUGGUCCUUUGAGAGGAUUUGAGCUUACUGGCAAUGGGUUAUUCCAGAAAAAAUCCACACCACCAUGACGGAAGGCACGAUUUUUGACCCCCCCUCCCACCUGGAUUUCUAAAACUGCUUGAGCCCCCAUCCCCUUCGGAUUUCCAAGUUCAAAGACCCCCCCACCCAUCUGGAUUUCCAUAAAAUUGUUAGACACCAUAAUUUUAAUUUACCCUCAAUGUAGAAGAAUCCUUUUAAGCACUUAGAUGAUCUUUUCAUUAAACAAGUCUCAAUUUUCCGUGAAUUCACUGUUUGUUGUGAAAGUUAAGAUUCCAUUUUCACAUCUUCUUAAACAGGCUUAGACUUUUUGCAAAUAAGCCCAUAUUUGAGUGAACUUUUCUUUUUUCCAGAACAGGCAAAAUAUACAGCAAUAUAUACUACCAUGAAGCUCAAAACUAACUAUGUUCUCAAAUAAAUGGUUCUCUUCUUUGUCGAUAAAAAAUGACUGCGAAAGAAAGAAAAAGGACACUUAGUGGGGUAUUACAUGACGCACUAUAGACUUGCCACAACACUUGCCUUUCAAAAUGGCCGCCGAACAGUCACGAACAACCAUGCUUACUUGUAAGGCGUUUUACUGGUAAAUCACCCUGAAAUAGCAUUGACCUUGGAAAAAUGUUUAAUUCAAGGUAAAAUCAUUGUUUGCUUUCCUUGAAUUGAGCGCAUUUUUAUGAAGUAUGUGAUUUUUCUUGAUAUCUUCAAGUUUUUGCUCAUCGCUUCUACAAAAGUAUCGAGGGUGAGCCUAUGGAUGGAAACUUAAAAUAAAUGUGUAAGAGGUCUGUAGUUUGAAAGAAUAAUAAAAUUUGAAAAGGCAAAGCAAUGUUUUGAAAACGUAGUGAUUGAAGCAAUUGAAACAUCCAUGAAAUCGAUAAAGUUACCCCCGAGGAUGUAUUUUUAGGUUCAGAGCCCCCCUCCCGUCUGGAUUUCCAGAGCUGUUACCCCCCCCCCCCUCCCGUGAGAUUUUCCAGCAUGCCUUCUGUCGUGGGAGUGUGGAUUUUUUCUGGAAUAACCCAAUGAAUAGUCUGUACAAAAACCACGUGCUUGCAAAACAAAAUCGUAGUUCAAGGCAGGCACAUUGUGUAGCAAGGUGGGCCCAUAGGACUCAAAAAGCUGCAACCUAGGAACUACUUUUGCACUUUUUAUUCAUUUGAUCUCAAACUCUGUAGGAUGGUAGAACUUUGUAUUCCAAAACAUCCUGUUUUUUGUUUUUCGAUUUUAACAGUUUUUGGUGGGAAAAUGACAUCACAAGAUUGACAGCAAAAUUAAAAUUUCAAGAUAUGACAAAAUAAAUAAUGCUAAAAAAGCAUUUUGUGAUAGAAUAGAAUGUGAAAAUUAUUUUUCAAAAACUCAAUUGGUUAAAGAGUUAUUGCGCUUUGAUUUUUGAAUUUCCCGCCAUUUUGUUACUAUUUUUAGAAACAUACAUAUAAGUACAUUUCAAGAUGCUAUAUCUCCUAAAGCAAUUAUUGAACUUUUCCAAAAAUUCUUUCACAUUUGUUUCUAUCAUGUCAAGCUCUUUCAAAAUUAUUUUCCAUAACUUUCAUAAUAUUCCUUGACUACUUUUCAUGAAAAUUAAUGUAAUCAGCUGUACAAUAUUAUUAUGCCAUUGUUAAUAAAUCACAAUUUACCUCUGAAAUUGAUGCUAGAACAUUGAAAAUGGCAUUUCCAAGCUUCUAGAUUUCAAAAUUUUCUAGGGAAGCAUUCCCCCAGACCUUCAGGGGCCUUACAGCCUGUCGAUUGUCACAGCUGCCUACUUUUCCAGAGUUGGCCAUCUACUUCAAAACCUGGGGCAUGGUCACUGGCUGGUUAUGGUGACCCUGCACAGGCCUUAAAAUAACAGCCGGUCAAAGGGCAGUGUUUAAACAGAAUGGUGCCUUGAUUGGCCAAAAAGUUUCACUCAUCAGUCAUGUUGACCAGUCAUUGUUUGUAGUAUUCCAAGAACAGAGGCUAAACAAAAUAAUCUUUGACCUCAAAAGUUUUGCUUGAUAUGAUACAUGGAGGAAUCAAUAAGUGAGACACUGUUGGGCAUCAUGUUACUUUUGCAGUUAACAUAGUCAUUUUGUUUCACUAAAUAUUAUCUGCAUCUUCAGGUGAAGGAAGAUAAAUAUGUUAGCAGCAUAAGUUCAGAAAUAAUUGUUGCUGUUUUUGUUUUUCGUCUAGCAAUUUAACUGUAACGGGACAGUAGUUGAAAAUGAAGAGUAUGGAGAGGUGAUUCAGCUCCAGGGAGACCAGCGUAACAAUAUUUCUGAGUUUCUCACAUCUAUUGACUUGGCAAAGAAGGAGCAGCUGCAUGUCCAUGGAUUUUAAACUUGCUAAUCCUGUUUGUUCAUUACUGUUAAUUGUGUUGUAUAUAAAUCAUAUAAUUUUGUACUCACAUUUGCUAGGACAGUUCUAAUGUGAGUUAAAAGUUUCGGUGUCUUUUCAUAGAAGGGACUAGCCUGUUCCAGGCGUUCAGAUAGUGGAACAGGCUAAGAAGGGACCUUUUCUUUUGUCCUAGACACCCCUUGUGAAAACAACAUUACCUUUCAGAUGCAUGAGCCGCUUAAGACUUUUUCAUCCUAAACAAAAUAAUUUGCUCUAAUUUGCUAUGAUUGUAGCAUUCUAGUUGCAAAAUUUCUCAUACUAUCUAAUCAUUUUGCAGUAGGCAAACGUAAAGAAUUCAUAUUCCAUCUUAAAGAGUUAUAGUAGGUCAUAGUCGAUCAAAGAAUAGUAUUACACAAUAAUAUUAUUUUCUAAAGUGUAAUAGCAUAAUGACACUGAUUCUUUUAUUUAUAUCUGUAAAAGUAGAUUUUAUGUUAAAGCCAUUUUCCGUCAAUAAAGAAAAUAAAGAAACCUUGCCAAGUAACAAAUCAG